AUGCGUCGACCCUCAUUCCUCUUCCCUGAUCCACAUUGCUUCCACGGUUUCACAAUCGCCAUGCCAUACCUUGAAAGUCAACCAAAAAUAAUCAUUGCUGGCGCCGGCAUCGGAGGCCUGACUGCCGCGCUUGCACUCCAUGCCUCAGGAUUCACCAACAUCCAAAUUUACGAGGCUUCGUCACAAUUGACGACGCUGGGCGUCGGUAUCAAUGUGCAACCUUCUGCAGUACUGAUCUUGCGAAACCUUGGACUACUGGAAGCGCUGGAGAAGACCGGAAUACAGACGCGAGAACUGAACUUCUACAACAGGCAUGGCGAUAGCAUACUGAGCGAGAAGCGCGGUGUAGCAGCAGGAUAUGCUGUACCUCAAUUCAGCAUUCAUCGUGGAGAGUUCCAAAUGCUCUUGCUGAGUGCGGUCAAGGAACGACUUGGCAAUGACGCUUUGCACCUGAACCACGCUUUGACUGGGUUUGAGCAGAACGAGAAGACCAUCACAGCACAAUUUUCGCAAAGAAGGGAUGGAGUGCCUGCAGCGCAGUCAAGCGUGACAGGUGAUAUUUUGGUUGCUGCUGAUGGUAUCAACUCCACAGCACGACGCAUCCUUUACCCGAAUGAAGGUCCCCCGAAAUUCUCCGGCUGUAUGCUAUGGCGCGGUUGUAUUGAGCGUGAUCAAUAUCUGACCGGCGCAAGUAUGGUGUGGGCUGGCCACGCUGACCAGAAAUUCAUCGCAUACCCAAUCUCUCGGAGGUCAGCAGACAAGGGGAAGUCGCUAGUAAACUGGAUCGCUGAGCUUCGCAUACGUGAGAAGGAUGACGAGGAUACAACGCCUCCAAAGACGGACUGGACCAAGUCAGUCAACAAAGAUGUCUUCGCGGGGCCUUUCGAAAGCUGGCGAUGUGGAGGAUUAGAGAUGAAAGACUUGAUCGACAGCACCGAGAAGGUGUUUGAGUUUCCCAUGUCUGACCGGGACCCCGUCGAACAUUGGACCUUUGGUCGAUUGACCUUGCUGGGCGACUCUGCCCAUGCAAUGUAUCCUAUCGGAAGUAACGGCGCGUCACAAGCCAUUAUCGACGCGGAGACGCUUGCCAAACACCUUUCAUCUACCACUUCGUCAAGCACAACAAUCGAAGAAGCGCUGAAAGCUUAUGAGCAGGAACGAUUGCCGCCAACCGCUAAGAUCGUCAUGGCAAAUCGCGCAAACGGUCCUGAUCAUGUCCUUCAGUUGGCGGAAGAGCGAGCACCAGACGGUUUUGAAAACGUGUAUGACGUGAUUCCGAAAGAAGAGUUGGAGGAAGUUGGACGCAUUUAUAAGAAGGUCGCAGGCUUUGAGAUAGAAAGUGUGAACGACAAAGCGAAGAAGACUGAGGGCGAAAGCACAAGAUUAGGACUGAAGAGCCCGUCGGACUGGAUCUAGGCUCAAAAGUGGCGCUUAGUAUAUCUGGUGACAGUCGCAGUUUAUUGCAAGCAGGAUUUCAUAAUUCCAAUGGCCAUGUCAACCAUGUG